AUGGCACCUCCUACAUAUGAAACCCAAAAGGCCUGGAAGGAUAUCCAGAAAUUCCUUCCACAGCGUCUAGCUUUCACGGACGACCACUCUCCCGUCGAGGAAUUUUGGGAAAAUCGAGGACAUACGAUUCAUUUAGACCGUUGGAGGAAUCCUACAGCUAAAGUGCGCGUAAUUCUCCACCAUGGAGUUGGGACCAAUGGACGCCAAAUGUCAAUGAUCCUGGGAGCGCCUUUGCAUACUGCAGGCUUCGAGGUUGUGGCCGUCGAUAUGCCAGGGUAUGGAUGCACCAAGACAGCUUGUCAUACUACCGUUUCCUACGACGAUUGGGUCAAUAUCGCGAACGACUUCAUCAAUUUUGAGCUGGAGAAAGAUGAUCGACCCAUUGUGCUCUAUGGACUUAGCGCCGGCGGUAUGCUGACCUACCAUGUGGCUGCGCUGAAUAAGAAAGUCAAAGGCAUCGUGGGCAUGACGUUCCUGGAUCAACGUAUCCAAGCAGUUCGUGACGAGACGGCUAGGGACCUCUUCAUGAGUAGAGUGGGAAUACCUCUCGCACGACAGCGACCUGCCGCUCUUUUCCUUGCUGAUCGAUCCUCGGCGGGCUCCUGGGCUUCAAUGCAUUUCUUAUCGACAUAUGCGUUUUAUAAGCUUGCCCUGGAGCCUGAGGAAUUUGAUGUCUGUCCGAUCCUUCUGACGCAGCCGGCCAAGGAUAAAUGGACGCCGCUGCAUCUAAGCGAACUGGUCUUGCGGCGUGUGAAAAAGGUCCCGGUGAAAAUCGUCGAACUUGAAAACGCUGGCCAUUAUCCCCUCGAGGACCCGGGACUUCAACAGAUGGCCGAUGCGAUCAUCGAGUUCCUUCGAGAACUGGUGCCGUGA